GGCCCUUAAGGCAGUACAACCAACCAACUAACCAACCAAUCAACCAAACCAACGACAUAAGAGCUCGACACAGCGGACCAGGCCGACCAUGUCGUACGCAGCAGUGGCCCAGCAGGGCCUCAAAGCCGUCGACGAAAGCGACUGGGACAAGGCCGUCGAAAAGCUCUCCGAGGCCCUCAGGAGCUCCCAGAACCCCGCCUGGCUCAUCGCCCGCUCCAAGGCGCUCGCCGGGCUGGGCCGCCCCGAGGCCAGCCUGGAGGACGCCGACCUGGCGUGGCACAUGGCCGUCCAGCGCAGCAAGAGGGAGCUCAUGGCCAGCGCCCAGUACCGCCGCGGCGUGGCCUACUUCCAGCUGAAGCAGUACGCCAACGCCGACUACUGCCUGCUGCACUGCAUGCGGCUCACUAAGGGUGGGCUGGCGGUGCCCAAGGAGGACCCUUUCCUGCAGCACGUGGACGAGAACGGGUUCUGGACCAGGAGCGCGGAUGACGCUGUCAAGGCUGCGCAGCAGGAGGAGGCCGGCAAGAAGAAGCUCAGCGAUGCGCUGCAGGGGGCUGGCGAGAACGAUCCCCUGAGGGCCCGGAUGAGAGAGUGGCGGAUGGCGAGCACCAUUGCGAUCCAGGCCCUCAAGGCGAUGGAGAAGCUGCCGGCGGACGAUGCCGCGAGGAAGCUGACGACGACGCUGAUUCCGGAGCAAAAGGACCUCGUCAACCACGCACCUGAAAAGGCCACUUCUGCAGAGUCUGCCACGACAAACGCCGCUCCAGCAAAGGCUGCUCCGGCGGUGCCAAAGGCUGUUGAUCCCAACGAGCCGCCGUUCCGCAUGCAGGAUUUCCAGAGCGACAGGAACAUUUCGGUGUCCAUCUUCUCAAAGGGCGUCGACAAGGAGAAGCUCCAGGUGCAGUUUUCCGAGAACUCGGUCCAUCUGGACCCCCUGGUGUACUCGAGCGGCGAGCAGAAGGAGUUCCAUCUUGAUCUCUGGGGCGAGAUUGAUCCGUCCAACUCCAAGUACAUUGUCACACCCAACAAGGUCGAGCUGAGCCUGGCGAAGAAGACAAUUGGCAGAUGGCCGGCUGUUCAGGCCGACGGAGCCCCCAAGAAGGCUCCACUGCCCAAGCCUGACGUGGCCGCAGCAGGAUCUGUCGACAGCAGCCCCAAGGCCGUGGACACAAAGCCGACGACGGUCUACCCCACGUCUUCACGAACCGGCCCCAAGAACUGGGACCAAGUGGGCGCCGAGGAGAAUUCAGAUGACGAAAAGGACGUCAACGCCUUCUUCAAGAAGCUCUACAAGGGCGCCACGCCCGAGCAGCAGCGGGCCAUGAUGAAGAGCUUCACGGAGAGCAACGGGACGUCGCUGAGCACCAACUGGGACGACGUCAAGGACAAGAAGGUGGCGACUGUGCCGCCGGAUGGCGUCGAGGCGAAGAAGUGGGAUUGAAUCACACGACACAGGACGGGUUGUGGGAAUAGGGGUGAUUGUUGUCAUGAUAGUCUGGGUUCACGAGUACGGCGCAACGAAAGGAUGAAAGAAAAAAACGGGUUUGCUUCAUCUUUGUUCAUUAUCUGGCAGUCAGUUACUGCCUUUGCCUUAGCUAGGCUGAUUCGGAUCAAUUUCUGGAACUGUUGUCUGAAAUGAAAACUACA